GAGGAGCGUUUUAAAGUCUAAGCAGCAGAUUCACUAAAGCACAGUAGAACGGUUCCACAGCGCGUUCUGUAAGUCACCCUGUGUCGUUUCUAAGGUAAUGCCAGCAGUCUAAAUGAGUACACCAUUAUGCUAUAAUGUUAUCCUGCUGGGAAAAACAGGAGCUGGAAAAAGUGCUUCUGGAAACUCCAUAGUAGGACAAAAUUCCUUUGAUUCCAGAGAGAGCUUUAAAACUGUAACUAAGGAGGUUCAGAAAGAGAGCAUGACUUCUGAUGGCGUGAGACUUGAUGUUUUUGACACACCAGGACUCUUUGGACCUGGAACAAACAAUGAUGAUGUGAUGAGAAAAUGGCAGCAUCUUCUGGAUUUAUGCCCAUCAGUCCCCACUGUGUUUCUGCUGGUGAUGAAGAUUGACAGAUUCUCUCCAGAAGAGAAGAACACUGUAGAAUUAAUUCAAAACUUUAUACCAAGUCAUCUCCUUCAGAACACAUGGAUCCUCUUCACCAUAGGAGAUGAGCUGGAGAGGGAGGGUCUCUCAAUAGAAAUGUUUAUAGAGGAGACUGAAGCGCUGAAAAGAGUCGUACAGAGAUUUAACAACAGAUACCACGUCUUCAACAACAUCACACGCAAUCCUGAUCAAGUCAAAGGACUGAUAGAGAAAAUCAAAAAAAGAAUUGGAAUUACCAGUGGAAAUCAACUAGAUGGAAAGCACUUCCACGAUGCACACGUGCGAAGCUAUGUCCAAGAAAAAAAUAGCAUUUGUUUUCAGGGAGAAAAAACAGCACUGCGAAGAAAAGAACUAUUAAAUAGACUUGGUCUUGGGAUGAACUAUAAUAACAAAGUAACCAAAGGAUGCUUCCUCGAAAUAAAUACUUCAUCAAUACAGAACAAGGAGUCCAAAACUGAAAAGGAUCUGGUUCACACUUUCAUGCAAAGGCUUCUCAGAAUAGAUUACACAGCAAAACAUCUUUCUGUUAAAACUGAAGGACCAAUACCAAAGUCUCAACACACAGCUGGAAAAGGUAGCUUAUUUGCUAAGAAAAAUGCUGGAAACAAAGAAAACAAACCAACUCAAGUUCAUCCAAUGGAUGUUCAGAUGGCAGUGUUUCAUUGUUCAGAUAAUUUCCUUCAGCAGAUCAUGGUAACUAAGCUCUCUCAGUGUCAGUAUGCAGUUCCUCUGCUGGUUCCAAAUCCUUUUACUGGAAAUAUUGAAUUCCCUCUGUGGACGAUGCGCCAGAUCAGUAAGUACUGGAUGACCACGGAUGUAUCAGGAAAAGUCACCAGUAAGACCCUGCCCAUGUACAAAGCUCAAACUCCAAUGGUGGUGUUCUUCAAGAUUGGCUCCAUUUCUUCAUCCAAGUCUCAGCUGAUGAACAGGCUGAUCAAUGAGAAGCACGACACGUUCUUCCACAGGGACUGUCCAGGCAGCAGCAGAGAGCGUCUACUGAUGGACGGAGUGGUGGAGAUCGCCUGGUACCUCCCAUCUGGAAAAAGCACUGAUCAUUUCUCAGACUGUGUAGCGUUCUGUAAUCUACAUGGAGAUUCCAGCAUCAACGAGACUCAGAGAAAGAUUCUUACUGAAAUGUCCUCUGUGAAUGUUGUACUUUUACCUCAACUUGAUGAGAGUGAUGAUAAUAUGGUUAUUGUACAAGAGCUUUUUGAUGGUUCCAAACCUCUCAUUGUUGUUCUGACUGAUGAAGAUGAUGAGGGUGAAGAUGAUGUGUUUGAAAUCGGAGAGAGAAAAUACAGAGUAUCACUGAAGGGCAGAAACCAGUCUGAUGUUUCUGUUGCUCUCAGAGAAGUUAUCAAGAACUGCCUCUCAGAACAGCCUGUGACUUUCAGUGUGGAGAAGAUAGCAGAACACUCAGAGAUGAAGGUGGAUGAGGAUAAUGAAGACUGUCAGAGAGGAAAGAAAUCUGCACAGGAGAUAAUGAGAUUACUGAAAAGAGAAAAUCCAUCAACAGUCAAAGAAAAGUAUCUGCCCUGCCAGGGAAAACUGUGGCAUGACUGGAGCCAGAAAAACAAACACUUGCGACGACUCAAAAGUGAGACAGCAGAAAUAGAGAAAAGCGAGAAAGAAGAAGAGUUAAACCAAAUAAGAAGGAAACAGCAGAAUCAUGGUUUCAGUGACUUUAUGGGCUUGUUUGUAGGGGGUUUAAGGUCACUGUCAGACACCGAGACAAUGUAUUUCCUCAAGUGGACAACAAUACUGCUGAAUGAUUUUACUUUAGACAUAUGUUCAGUUCUCCUUCAGGAGUACGACCAAAAAUGGUCAGAAACGUUGGCUUUGAAAAGAACAGAUAAAGAAACUUCAGAGAAACUGAAAACUGAACAACUAAAUCUAGAAAAGAUCUCCAACAAGCUUAACUUUGCCCCCUUCGGUUUGGAGCACAUGCUGAGAGAGAUGGGUCAGAUUUAUGAAGCUUCAGUCUCUGAGAGAAGAGAGGAUAGAGUGAAGGAUGGAGAUCUUUCUUACCUUCCUGAACUUGCUGCUGAACUUAUGAUAUCUGGCAACCCGAUGGAGCUGAUGGAUGGUGAUGCUGCUCAUGUUCCUCUGGUCUGCGUUUCAGCAGUUCUGGAUAAGGUCAUCAGAAAACUGGGAGACCAGAGAGUCUUUGUGUUGUCUGUUCUGGGAAUUCAGAGCUCGGGGAAAUCCACCAUGCUCAACGCCAUGUUCGGACUCCAGUUUGCAGUCAGUGCUGGAAGAUGCACCAGAGGAGCCUUCAUGCAGCUGGUGAAAGUGUCUGAGGAGAUGAAGGAGGAACUGAAAUUUGACUACAUUCUGGUUGUUGAUACUGAAGGUCUCCGAGCUUUAGAACUGGCUGGAAAAGACACCAUACAUCAUGAUAAUGAACUGGCAACAUUUGUUGUAGGUCUUGGAAACAUGACUUUGAUCAACAUCUUUGGAGAAAACCCAUCAGAGAUGCAGGACAUCCUUCAGAUUGUUGUUCAGGCCUUUAUGAGGAUGAAGAAGGUCAGACUGAAUCCCAGCUGUGUGUUUGUUCAUCAGAAUGUUACUGAUGUUGCAGCUGGAGAGAAAAUGAUGGAGGGAAGAAGACGAUUACAAGAGAAACUGGAUGAAAUGACCAAGUUAGCUGCUAAAGAUGAAGUCUAUGAUGCAGAAUGUUUCAGUGAUAUCAUUGCAUUUGAUGUACAGAAGGAUGUGAAGUACUUUUCUCAGCUCUGGGAGGGCAGCCCACCCAUGGCUCCACCAAACCCACGCUACAGUGAAAAUAUUCAGGAGCUGAAGAGAGACAUUGUUUCUCGUGCAUCAAAAACAAAUUGCAUGAAAUUAUCACAGUUUCAGCAGCGAGUGAAAGAUCUCUGGGAGGCUCUGCUGAAUGAAAACUUUGUCUUCAGUUUCAGUAACACACUGGAGAUAUCAGUGUACAGGAAACUGGAGGAGGAGUAUGAGAAAUGGACCUGGAGUCUGAGGAGAACUAUGCUGAGUAUAAAAGACAAGAUGCUGAACAGAAUCUCCAGUGGAAAAGUAGAAACAGUGGGAAAAGAAGAGCUGAUGAGAGAAAUGUCAGAAACCCUGCAGAAAGUCCAGACAUCAUUUAAAAAGUAUUUUGAAGAAGACAGUGAAAAACAAACUCUGAUUCAGUGGAAAAACAGAUUUGAGAAACAAAUACAACACGUCCAUGAUGACCUUGUAGAUGAGGCCAAAAGAAAACUGGAUGAAAACAUCAAACAGAAAAACAUUCGGAAAAAUCUGGAUAAGCAGCUGGAAAAUCAUGAUAACCCUCUUUGACAAAAGUAA